AUGUUAAAUAAGUUUCAAAUGAAAGAUUGCAAUCCUUGUAGUACACCAGCAAAAACAGGCUUGAAGCUUGUCAAAGAUUUUCAAGGUAGAAGGGUUGAGAACACACUUCACAAGCAAAUUAUGGGAAGCCUGAUGUAUUUAACCGCAACGAGGCCAGACAUAAUGCAUGCCGUAAGUCUCAUCAGCAGAUUCAUGGAGUGUCCAAAAGAGAUGCAUCUCUUAGAUGCAAAACGAAUCCUUAGAUACUUGCAAGGUACAGCUGAUUAUGGAAUCAAGUAUAAGAAUGGAGAAAAAUCAGAGUUGUUUGGCUUUACAGAUAGCGAUUACGCUGGAGAUCUGGAUGAUAGAAAAAGCACAUCUGGUUAUGUCUUCAUGAUGGGGUUUGGAGCAGUGUCAUGGUCAUCAAAGAAACAAUCAAUUGUCACCUUCUCAACAACUGAAGCUGAAUUCAUAGCUGCAAGUUUGUGUACUUGUUAA